UGUACCACCGCUGGGACGCACAGUCAUCACUCACAUUCUCUCCCCAACUGGUCACGUCUACGCUGAACUUACAGUGACCAGGACCCAUGAGGACACAUUCCUUGUUAUUACUGGCUCGGGAGUGGAACUGCAUGAUCUCAGGUGGUUGCAGGACUACGCCCGCCGUGGAAACUGGAACGUGAGCUUCGCUAACAUCACCGAAGACAUGGGCUGUCUCAGUGUCGCUGGUCCAAAAUCCAAGGAUAUUCUUUCCACUCUGUCACCAGUAUUCAAUGGAAAAUUUCCCUUCUUCUCGUGCAAGGAAGUAACUUUGGCCGGCGUGAAGACUACUGCUUUGCGGAUCUCAUACACAGGAGAGCUUGGCUGGGAGCUCUACCAUCCACGCUCACAAACUGCUCUCCUCUAUGAAACUCUCCUGCGUCAUGGCAAGCAAUUUGGUGUUGGAAACUUCGGAACUUUGGCGUUGAAUGUGUUGCGUCUGGAGAAAGGUUUCAAGAUGUGGGGCGCUGAGAUGAACAUGGACACCACCAUAGUUGAUGCUGGACUCAUGAGCUAUGUCAACAUGAAUAAGGGAGAUUUCGUAGGACGAGCAGCAGUGCAAGAUCUUCUAAAAUAUCGAUCUCGGAGACAUCUUGUAUUGGUCAAAAUAGACUCCACUGAUGUUGACCCACAUGGCGAUGAGACAGUAUGGCUUUGUGGAAAAGUUGUUGGUAACGUUACAAGUGGAUGUUUCUCGUACCAUCUUGGGCAGUCUUUAGCAUAUGUGUACCUUCCACCGCUUCUGACAGUUCCAGGAACACAAGUGCAGGUAGAGGUCCUGGGUGAGCUUCACAGUGCCAGUGUGCUGGCUGGCCCUCCUGUCCUCACCCACACAGCACGAGCUAAACUACAGAAACAAGACUGAGACUGGAAAUGUGGUCGCUUUACAUAAACUAAAUAAUAAUUAGCCAGCUUCCUCAGCUACUCGUGAGCGAGUAGCUGAGGAAGCUAUUUGGAGCGGUUUUUUUAAUGUCUUGAUCAGUGCAUACGUGCUGUUACAUAUAACUUUUCGGUAUCGCCAUAUCAGUUCCUUCUCUCCUGAUAAGUAAAUAAUGAGUUCUGAAGACUGAAGUGCCUGCAGUAUCUGUACCAAAAAAUAUGACAUCAUUGCUACCUACAUUUUUGUGAUAUUAGUUUACGGUUUUCUUAUAUAACUGUCUGAUGCAUUUUCAUUGUCAUAAAAGAAUUAAGAUGUAUAUAUCACAAACUGUUAUCUGUGGGGGCGGACAUGUGUAAUAAACUGCUAAGGUUGCCAAUAAUCAAAAUAACACUAGUGUGAGGUGGUAGGGUGAAUUUCACUUGUUGCUUGUAACAUAUGGCUUCCAUUUUUUUAUUAAACUUUUCCACUGAA